AUGUCGAUAGUCACAAUACGCAACGUUGAAUUCUUUAACAACCCAGCAAGAUUCCUUGAUCCUUAUCACUUUCGCGUCACUUUUGAGUAUUUAGAAUGGAAACUCAUAUAUGUAUCAUCACCAGGGAACGAGGAACUAGAUCAAGAACUCGACGACUGCCUCGUAGGUCCAGUCCCAGUCGGAGUAAACUCUUUCGAGUUCGAGGGUCUCGCUCCUGAUCCUUCAAAAAUACCAACAGAGGACGUCCUCGGCGUCGCUGCUCUCAUCCUCACCGGCUCUUAUCGCGACCAGGAGUUUGUACGCGUAGGGUAUUACCAGAAUACGGAGUACGAUAAUGAGGAGAUGAAAGCCACUCCUCCAGAGAAAAUUCAGUUUGAUAAACUAGUACGCGAUAUCAGCACAAAGUUGCGCGUAACACGGUUUCAAAUCAAGUGGGACGUCGCGCCCCAAUCACAAGGUCAGGCCGCUGCAGGCGCUGCAGCAUCAGCCGCCGUACCUUCUGCAAACGACCUAGACGGCGAUGAUGCGAGUCGUAGUACUUAG